UGCUGUGCGCCCGAGCAGGCAGCUGCCCCGUUCGGGAGAGAGAGCACGGCGAGACAGCGAGAGGAAAGAAAGGAUAGAGGAGGAGAGAGCGAGGGAACGGAGAGGAGAGAGAGAGAGAGAGAGAGGGAGAGGGAGAGAGAGAGAGAGGAGGGAGAGGCGGAGGAGAAGGAGAACGAGGAGGAAUCACGGCCAUGACGGCUGCGCGUUCGCGGGAUCGGCUAUGAGAGCGGACAGCGGUGGCCAUGUCUCUGAGCGCGGACGAGGAGGAUUACGACUCGGACACAGGAGAGCAGCAACGGCCAGCGAAUCGGCCCAAACCGAAGAUGGCGGCCCCGUCCACACCGGCGGCGGCCACAGCGUCGUCCUCGACGUCGUCCACGCCGGCGGCGGUGAAGCUGCCGUCCAAUCGGAGCUCGUCGGGGGCGCGGCGGCGGCGCACGCGGUGCAGGAAGUGCGAGGCGUGUGUGCGGACGGAGUGCGGCGAGUGCCACUUCUGUAAAGACAUGAAGAAGUUCGGCGGGCCGGGACGCAUGAAGCAGUCCUGCAUUAUGAGGCAGUGCAUCGCUCCGGUGCUGCCGCACACGGCGGUGUGUGUGGUGUGUGGAGAGGCCGGUAAGGAGGACACGCUGGACGAUGAGGAGGAGAAGUUUAACGCCAUGCUGAUGGAGUGCUCCAUCUGCAACGAGAUCGUCCACCCCAACUGCCUAAAGGUGAAGGACGCAGCGGGGGUCGUUAAUGACGAACUGCCUAACUGCUGGGAAUGCCCGAAGUGCAACUACGCCGGCAAGACGGGGAAAGCCUGUAAGCAAAAACGUGGCCCAGGCUUUAAGUACGCUUCCAACCUGCCGGGGUCGUUGCUACGGGAACAGAAGGCCACCCGGGACCCUCGGGACGAGGUGGACCCUGCCGCAGCCCGAAGGAAGAGCGAGAGGGACGAGAUUCCCAGAUUGAACGCAGAGGACCUGCCCACCCGGCUGCCCCCCCAGCUGACCCCAAGAGAGCUGCCCAGACCGCGGCCGGACAUACCGAACUUCCUCAGGAAGAAGAAAAAACUGUUUGAUGAUGACGAAGAGGAAGAGGACGCCAGCGCUAAGAAGAAGCUGAAGAAGCCGUGGAAGCCUGAGGAUCCAUUAGUUCCUAAAGCUCCUCUGAUGAAGACUGAGGAGGAGGCGUCUGAGCAGGAGGAGGAGCGAGAGGAGGAGAGUAAACGGCCUGUGCUUAAGAAGGAGUUUGGCUCGGAGAGGAAGCAGGAGGAGCCAGAGCAGGAGGAAGAGGAGGAGGAUGAAGAGGGGGCUGUCCGGCGGACUCGCGACCGAAGCCCGAUGCUAAAGAGCCUCUCGGCUUCGGUGGAGAGCGACGCUUCCCGCUGCAGCUCACCCAGAGCCGGACCCAGCAGCGAGGGCAGCGAGACCCAGGAGAGGGCGCCAAGUCGUGCUCGAGCGCGGAGAACCCGCCGCAGGCCGCAGAACCAGCAGCUCAGUGCGGAACUCAGCAAGCAGCUGAACCUGGAGAUCCGGCGGACGGAACAUUCGCUCGCUAACGAGAACCAGCAGCCGCUCAAGAGCGAGCCGGAGGACAGCGAGAACGAGGAACCCAAAAGAAACUUCCGCAACGGGACAAUAGGGGGCGACGUCGGGGGAGAACGGACGCACCUGCGGUCUAACCUGCGGGCGCGGGAGAUGAACGGGACGGCCUGGGAGCUUCGCCACUUCUACCCGUCUCAGAUCACCCCGCUGGGCUUCAACCGCAGCGCCCCCGUCCUGCGGCCCCCGCCCACCAGAUCCCCUCCGAAAUGCAUCCAGAUGGAGCGCCACGUCAUCCGCCCCCCACCCAUCUGCCCUCCUCCUGAUAGGCUGCCUCUGGCUGAUGGGCGGAGCCACGUGGCUCAGAGAGAAGCCUGGAUGGCCAUCUUCAGCCACCUGAGCCACCGAGAGCUGUGUGUGUGCAUGAGGGUCUGCAGGACCUGGAACCGCUGGUGCUGUGAUAAGCGUCUGUGGACUAAAAUCGAUCUGAGCCGCUGUAAGUCGAUCACGCCGCUGAUGCUGAGCGGAAUAAUCCGCAGGCAGCCCAUCACGCUGGACCUCAGCUGGACCAACAUCUCCAAAAAGCAGCUCAGCUGGCUCAUCAACAGGCUGCCAGGUCUGCGGGUGUUGCUCCUGUCCGGCUGUUCGUGGGCGGCGGUUUCGGCUCUCUGCACCUCCUCCUGCCCGCUGCUCCGCACGCUCGACCUGCAGUGGGUCGAGGGCCUCAAAGACCCCCAGAUGAGGGACCUCCUGUCGCCCCCUACAGACAACAGACCAGGUCAGAUGGACACGCGCAGUAAGCUGCGGAACGUUCUGGACCUGCGUCUGGCCGGUCUGGACGUCACGGACAGCUCCCUUCGCCUCAUCAUUAAAAACAUGCCCCUGCUGGCCCGGCUGGACCUCAGCUACUGCAACCACAUCAACGACCAGUCGGUCAACCUGCUGACCGCGGCGGGGACGACGACCCGCGACUCGCUCACCGACAUCAACCUGUCAGUGUGUAACCGGGUGACGGAUCAGUCUCUGACGUACUUCAAGCGCUGCGGGAGCAUCUGCAGGAUCGACCUGCGCUUCUGUAAGCAGGUGAGCCGGCAGGCGUGCGAGCGCUUCAUCGCGGAGAUGUCGGUCAGCGUCUCGUUCGGACUGCGAGAGGACAAGCUGCUGCAGAAACUCUGCUAACCUCGGCGCGCCCGAGCGGAGAGAUCCAGAGAAGCUCUGGCCGUACUGGAGGACGAUAAGCCCUCAAACUGAUCUGUGGACUUACUGGUUUUGUGGUUUUCCUGCCACGAUUUCCUCUGCUCUGAUUGGACGGACUGAGAAGGUGGAUAUUAACCAGCCAGUGACAGUGAUGCUUUUUGGAUGGACGCUUUCAAAGGUGCGGUGAACCUGGCUGGACAGAACAGCGGAAGACGUUAAAGAAGAAGCAGCAGUGAACGUGGUAACUGGCACAUACACACUCGAGCAGCGUUCACAGCGUCGCGGCAAAAGGUUUAACGUCUCGGCCGUCCGCUUUAACUGGAGCCGCGCUUCCGUCGCCACUUUAGAUGAUGUUGAGCUACGUUUUUGGCUUCCAGUCUACCGAACGUCUGUAAACUGUAAUCUUAAGCUCUGAAAUUAGUGAAGAAUUGAACAUUUGGGAUGUUUUUGGGGGCCGCAGCACCUCCGGAUUUCAGGAUUGUUAAAACAGCAGGAGAACAAGAGUUUAACAGUGUCUUGAGCUCAGCGAAGACCUACGUGGCUUUUUUACACGGUGGAGGUGGUAUUUUAGUUUGUUUUGUUUACGUGCGCUCGGAAUCUGCACCGUUUAAGUUGCACUGCGUUUCUCAGAGAAGCGAAUCUCCUUUUCUGGGGCGAGUCACGAUAGCAGCAGCAGCAGAACUCUUUCAGUGCCCCUGCUGUUAUUUUAAAGGGCUCAUAUCCUACAUUUCCCUGUAUCUGAUUGGAGUCUAGUUAUGACACUUGCGUGCAUUUAUGUAUCAAAAACAAGAGCCUCUUAUUAUGCCUUAGAAUUAAACAGGCUGGUUUUUUUGUUACUGUGCCUUUAAGACUGACAUAUGUAAAUUAGGUCUGUUCUGAUUGGCUGUGCCUCAUUCAGAGAGCAGUUCACGCUGAAACACUCCUUAUAACUUCAGUGUGAACAGGCGGGGCUAAACUGCCCCUAGGCUGAAUAGGCAAAUAGGCAAAUGUGUUUCUGACAUCACAAAUACAGUGAAUUCAAAACAGGCAGUUUUUUUUUCCUCUUCUUUACUUCAGUUUAGACUCCAUGUAAGGAAUGAUGGUACUGGGGAGUGAACGUUAUGAUGUCAUACCGUAUUCAUUUGUUAUGUUAAAAGGAAUUAAGACCGUAUGAGUUUUCUUUGAUAUGGGCCCUUUAAAAACAUCAGCCUAUGUAAUUAUCUUCUGUAAUAACCCCCCGCCAGAUGUGCGCGUGUAGGUUGAUGGUGGGCGACCUGUUUUCCGUGCUCGUAUGAACAAUCCGAUUGGCUGAUGCUCAGCUCAUUUGCAUAAAGUUCAUGCAGAAAGAGAAGACGGAGUCGUUUCAUGUAAAUUAUUCAAGCAAUUAAGGUUAAAGGAACAAAGCGAAGCAGUAUUUAGCGUAACGUCACACACAUCGCCGUUUCCGUAGGCCGCGGCGUGCGACGGCCUGAAGCCGCGACGGUGGGAACGCUGCUUUAUUCUCAGUCCAUCACGGAGAGGAGGCGCAUCCGGAGCUGCGUUGGUAUCGAUGAGAAACCCUUUUAAAUGAUCUGUACAGAUAAUGAAGCUCCUCUAAAGCUGUGUGUUAUUUCUGUUCAGUCCUGAUGAAUCUAUAGUUUUGGUGGGAUUUUUUUUAUAAUUAUAUAUAUAUAAAUAUAAAUAUAUAUAUAAUAACUGAAUUUUUAAAUAUAUUUGUCUGAAUGUGUUUCCGUGUUCUCAGUAUUGGACAUGUUAUCCUGGUCGGCGUUUUUCUACUUUUAUUUGUUUUUUUAAGCUAAGAAACUUUCAAAAAUGUGAUUUUUUUUUUUUUUUUUUUUUGGUUCUUUCAACUUUUCCUUCUUCGGUUUCCGAGCCGGUGCCAUAUCCCCUCCGCUCCGCUCCGCUCGCAGGCCGUCCUAGAACGCGUUUUGGAGUCGAACGUUCCCGCUAAAGCUUCGCUCCGAGGCAAGAGGUGAUUAUCGAGUUAGUUUGGUGGAAUUAUUAUCCUUAGAACGAGAAAACCGAAUGUUAUUUAUGAUCCGAGUUGCUUGUCCAGCUGUUUAAGGUGAUAAACGAUCCUCUCAAGUUUGUUUUAGCGCCGGAGCUAACAGGCUAACGUAGCUAAGCUACCCAUUAAAGGUGCAGUCUUUACAGCGGAACCGAACAGCAGCUGAUUUUCCGUCUACUUUUAUUUGUUUCUCUAACUUUAAAAACCCAGAGCUCGCAGUGUGUCGGGCUGAAAAGGCACUGAAGGUUUGCUCUUUGAUGGGCCAAAAAAACCAUAAAUAGUUUCUAAUAAUAAAAAUCUGUUUCUUAUUUUAAAAACGCAUCGAAUAGGUGUUCUGUAUAAAACACGGCGCUGUUCAGCCGAAUGAGUCGUUCAACUGUGCUGCAAUACCCCUGCGCUGUUUACCACUUUACAGUUGCCAGAUAUCGAGGGUUGCCAGAUUGUCGUUUAUGGUUUCACGCCAAAAAUUUUUCAAAAUCCACUGAAAUGCAUGAAAAACUUUCCAAAAUAUGCGCACUUUAACCAUAACACAAAAUAACCGCAUUCAGACGGAAUUAAAGCGGCUGUUCCGCUUUAGAUCCGAAAUGUUUAUAUUCCAAUUUUUAGUAUCCAUAUCAGCCACCUAAGGACAAAAUAAAAGCCAUCAAAAAUGA